AUGUCUAAAAGACUUUUAGAAAUUAACUAGUAAAUUGCUUGCUAAAAUAAACUUGUUGAUUAUGAAAAAGUGAGAUAAGAUGUUAAAUAAAUACUAAAGCAAGAGGGUCAUGAUGAAUAUGGACAUAUUGGACCUAUUCUAGUUAGAUUAGCUUGGCACUCAGCAGGUACUUACAAUAAAUUAGAUUAGAGUGGAGGAUCUAAUGGAGCAACAAUGAGAUAUUAAAAAGAAUUAAGUGAUCCAGAAAAUAAUGGAUUAUAGGUUGCUUAAAAAUAUUUAGAAUAAAUUAAAUAAAAACAUCCAGCAAUUAGCUAUUCGGAUUUAUGGAUUUUAGCUAGUUAUGUUGCUCUUGAAGAUAUGGGUUUACCAAGAAUUGAGUUUGUACCUGGAAGAAUAGAUGCGUUGGAUGAUAGUAAAUGUCCUCCAUAAGGUAGACUUCCAGACCCUUCAAAAGAUAGAGUGAAUAUGAGACAGGUUUUUUAUAGAAUGGGGUUUAAUGAUUAAGAGAUUGUAGCAUUAGUAGGAGGUGGCCAUACUCUGGGUAAAUGUCAUAAAGAAUAUACUGGAUAUGAAGGUCCUUGGACUGAAGAGCCAAUUAAAUUCUCGAAUCUUUUCUUCCAAGAAUUGUUUAAUGAAGAGUGGAUAGAAAAGAAAUGGGAUGGAAAAAAAUAAUUUGUUGAUAAAGAGGAUAAGUAGAUGAUGCUUCCUACUGAUUUAGAAUUAAGGGAUGAUCCUGAAUUCAGAAAAUAUUCGCUGAUAUAUAAAGAAGAUAAUGAUCGCUUAUGCUCAGAUUUUUCAAAAGCAUAUAAAAAACUCACAGAGUUAGGUUUUAGAUAGUUUUGA